AUGCACAGGCAACGUCGACGACCGAAGCUGAUGCCACGGCCGCUGCAAGUGGAGCCCAGCAUGAAGCAGCCUCUGAUGCCCAACAUCGCCCUGACGACGUCGACCAACGCCGGCGGCAACACGCUGACGUCGAGCGGCGUGGGCCUGGCCACCUCCCAGAUCAGCACCCACCCACCCAGCCUAGCAACCAGCAUGUCGAGUUGUGGCGGCGGUGGCAGUCAACUGCACUCGGUCGGCAUGCCGUCCGGUAUCACGGCUUGGAUGAACCAUGACGCGACGGGUCUGAUCACCAGCUCCGGCGCCGGACUCACACUCGUCAACAGCGCCGUUGCUGGGCCGGUCGGGCAGGUUGGCAACGGCGGUCUGUUGUCGGCCGGUCCGGCCACCACCAGUCCCACCGGCUCCGCCCACCGGCCACACGGAUUCCCCAGCCCGCCAACGGGAGAGUCGAACCUGGCGCCGCUUCUGCUCUCCACACCGCAGACACACGCGCAUCACACGCACCACACGCACCACACACAGCCGCCCUCGACGCCCGGCUACCCACAUGCCAACGCCCAUCCGGCUCACAUGCAUCUCGGCAUGCUGGCCGACUCCAGCCCGAUGGUACCACAAUUGGGCCACUCCCAUCUGGGACAGUUGCUCGCCGCCUCCACAUCCGGUCACGGUCACGGUCACGGUCACGGUCAUGUUCACGGUCACGGUCACGGUCACGGUCAUGGUCACGGUCACGGUUCAGUUGUCGGAGUCGGUUCUUCUGCCGCCAGCACGCCGACGAUGAACGGUCUGUUUCCGGCCAGUCCUCAGUCGGCCCACUUGACGCCACAUCCGGUCGCGUCUGCCGGCCUCUUGGCCGGUGGCCUUCCGGUCGACUACACCAACUCACCGGCCGGCUCGUCGAUCACUUCGGCCUCGUUGCAUCACCACCACGUCGGCCUGCACUCCGGCAUGGCGCUCGGCUUGGGCCUGGCGCCCGGAGCCGGAGCCGGAGGCGGAGGCGGAGGCGGAGGCGGCGCAGUUGGUACCGGAGGGCUGGCGAGCGGCGCCAGUAGCGCAGUCACCAACCUGUUGGGCACCGACGGCAGCACACCGCGCGACUCGGGCAUGGAGCUGCAGCACAGUCCACAGUUCAAGGCGCAAGGACAAUUUGCCCACUUGCCACACCUUGCGAAAGGUCUGUUGCGCUCAACUGGACUCGAAUGGACGCCAGUUGGCCAGUCGCAUGGGGCAACUGUUGAGUUCACUUUAGGCUUUUUCGCUAAUCACACCUUCACUAUGACCGGCCGGCAGCUGGUCGAGAGCAAGACGACGUCGUCUUUGGGGCAGAUCGCUUUUCAAUUCAUACACGAAGUGAGAUUCCUCGAAGCGCCCCAUCUUUUAGUAGCAUUUGCAAAAGAGUGA